AUGAAAGGCCAGAACCCCCAGACCACCACCAGAAACGUGCAACAGCAACACAAACCACCCCCAACACACAUCAUACCUCAAACACCUACCACAACAAAACACCCACACAACACAACACACAUCACAUCAUCAGCAACCAACGGAAUACAACCCACCUCCACUACAGCAACAACAACCACAGCAACACAGACACCAAGACCCAGAUACAGGCAGCAGAAACCCCCCACCAUCAGAGAGCAAUCCACCUACACAACAACCACAACAAGACAACAACGGAACACAUACCAACAGAGACCCCACCAGCAGACACACCAAGACACAAACAACACACCCCACAACUGCCUCAAACCCAUGUCCUUCUACUCCACAUCAACGCGAAAACACCCCUACUUCCCACCCCACCCAAUCACAUGA